UCCAGCAGCGCAGUAACCAUGUCAGCUCAUGUCUUGCGCGGAGUGGAUAGCAUUCUCGUGUAAGUGAGGUGGAUGUAGCCGCUGACUAUUAAUGUACAGUCUACUCUCCGUGACUUCAUACUGUACUCAACACUCGCUCCGACAGAAACCAUACAGGAGGAAGAGGAGUCAUUGCUAGUGUACCUCUGAGUGUCAAGAUGCCAUGGCCUUUCUGCAGCCUGUGUGGCCUUCUGAGAGUGUUUGUGGCAGCUGUGAUCUUCAGCAGUGUUGAGGGAAACCUGACGUAUUUGAGCUUUCAUGACAACGACAUCCCCAGUGGUACUACAACCUGGGCACACUGGGGAGAGCUCCACAAUGAUUCAUUCUUGUAUACCUUGGCCAACAAAAGAGCAACUCGAGGAAAUGCGGGAAACACCACCAAAGUGUCAUCACCAACUCUGCCUCUGAAGACGCUGCCAGAAUUAACUAGUUUUACCUUAUGUUACUUCAUCAUGUUUACUGGUAACACAACCAACAACAUCCCCUUCUGUUACUACCAUCCUCAAUAUACGGUUUUCACAAGUAAGUUGCAGUUAAACUUGUUUCAUUCUUCCCCUAUGGUAAAAUAA